AUGCUUCGUGCGGUGGCUCGAGGCGCACGAGUGCCCCUAGCCGCACAAAAUGUUUUGCUGACGAGACGUGUCGCCAUACACGAGCACGACGCUUUCGCUGAUCGGCACAUCGGACCGAGUCGACUCGAGAAACAGGCGAUGCUCGAUUUUAUCGGUUUCAAGAACCUCGAUCAUCUCACCUCAACGAACGUGCCCAAGCAGAUCCGAUUCGAGAAAGAUUUGGACUUGCCCGCGCCCGUGGACGAGUUCACGAUGAUUCGCGAGCUGAAGGCGAUCGCCGAGAAAAAUGAGGUCUGGCGCUCCUACAUCGGCAUGGGUUACUACGGGACGAUCACGCCGGCGGUGAUUCAGCGGAAUAUUAUGGAAAACAUUGGAUGGAUCUCCCAGUACACCCCAUAUCAAGCUGAGAUUUCACAAGGACGCCUCGAAUCGUUGCUCAACUACCAGACAAUGGUCGCAGAGCUUACCGGAUUGCCGAACACGAACGCCUCGUUGUUGGACGAAUCGACAGCAGUGGCUGAAGCAGUUGCAUUGGCGGCUCGAUCGACUAAGAGAAAUAAGGUGCUUCUCGAUCCACACCUCCACCCACAAAACAAGGAUCUGAUCAAAACGAGAAGCGACCCACUCGGUAUCUCAACUGAUACACUCGAUUUCACGAAUCUAAGCUUGGACAAGGAUGUGGCCGCGUUGGUCAUCCAAUACCCAAAUACUGAGGGCAAGAUUGAGGUGCUUGACGAGCUGAUUGCAAAAGUGCACGAGAAUAAGUCCCUUGUCAUUUUGGUGACCGAUUUGCUGGCGUUAACGAUCAUGCGCUCGCCCGGAGACCUUGGAGCGGACAUAGCUGUUGGAAGUGCACAACGUUUUGGAGUACCGCUUGGAUAUGGUGGACCGCAUGCAGCUUUCAUGGCGGUGGGGAAGACGGAUGCGAGGAACACCCUGUCGAGAAUGAUGCCCGGGAGGAUUGUUGGUGUUUCGAAGGGAGCCAACGGCGAACGGGCGUUGCGAUUGGCGCUGCAGACUCGCGAGCAACACAUCCGGCGCGAUAAGGCCACCUCAAACAUUUGCACGGCUCAGGCUCUCUUGGCGAACAUGGCAGCAAUGUACGCAGUCUAUCAUGGACCGACUCGAUUGGCGGAAAUUGCUCGUACUGUGCACAAAAGCACCGCUUGGUUGGCACAACAGAUCAAGGCAAAUAACGGCACACUCGCCUUCAAGGACUACUUUGACACAUUAAAGGUCAUCAACUGCGACGUGGCGGCGAUUCGGAAACGAGCCGAGGAGAAAGGAAUCAAUUUGAGAUACUACGAUGACAGCUCGGUUGGGGUGGCACUGGAUGAGACGACGAAAUUCGCCGACUUGAACGAUUUGCGAUACGUGUUUACUGGAUUGCCAUUGAUUUCUGAGGCUGAGGUAUUCGAGCAAAUGUCGGCAGAUGCGUCGCCGCUCAUCGGAAACUCGGUUCACGCGCGUACAUCUCUCUACCUGGAACAUCCGAUCUUCAACAGUCAUCACUCGGAACAACAACUUGUUAGAUAUAUGAAGCGCUUGGAGAACAAAGAUGUCUCAUUGGUCCAUUCGAUGAUCCCGCUGGGAAGUUGCACGAUGAAGUUGAACGCCUCGUCCGAGUUACAGCCAGUCACCUGGGAGAAGUUCGGCAACAUCCACCCAUUUGCGCCGAUCACUCAAACCAAAGGAUAUCAACAAGUCUUCAGCGAUUUGAACAAGUGGCUUUGCGAGAUUACGGGUUACGACAACUUCUCCCUGCAACCGAACUCGGGCGCAAACGGAGAAUAUGCGGGUUUGCUCGCCAUCCGGAACUACCUCAUCCACAAAGGCGAACCACAGAGAAAUGUUUGCCUCAUUCCAACCUCGGCUCACGGCACUAAUCCGGCGUCAGCUCAGAUGGCCAACAUGCGAGUGGUUGUGGUGGAAUCGGAUCGACAUGGAAACAUCGACUACAAGGAUUUGGCUGCAAAGGCCGAGAAAUACUCGAAGGAACUCGCGGCGAUCAUGGUCACCUAUCCGUCCACGCAUGGAGUAUUUGAGAGCUCAAUUCGGGAUGUCUGCGACAAGGUGCACGAAAACGGUGGUCAGGUUUACCUCGAUGGGGCCAAUUUGAAUGCACAGGUUGGUCUGUGUCGCCCUGGUGACUAUGGAUCGGACGUAUCGCAUCUCAACCUCCACAAAACGUUCUGCAUCCCGCACGGUGGUGGUGGACCCGGUGUUGGACCGAUUGGAGUGAAAAGCCAUCUCGCUCCGUUCUUGCCUGGUCACCCAGUCAUUCCAGUGGAUUCAACUGGAAAGAACAAUUCGGCGGUCGCGGCGGCUCCCUGGGGAUCGGCUAGUAUCCUCCCAAUCACAUGGGCCUACAUUCGAAUGAUGGGACCACACGGGCUGAAAAAGGCUUCACAGAUUGCCAUUCUCAACGCGAACUACAUGGCAAAACGCUUGGAAGCGGGUGGAUAUCGAGUUGUGUACAAGGAUGAACAAGGUUUGGUGGCACACGAGUUGAUCAUCGAUUGCAAACCCUUCAAGAAAGCGGCUGGUAUUGAGGUGGUCGACGUGGCGAAGCGUUUGAUGGACUAUGGAUUCCACUCACCGACGAUGUCGUGGCCGGUACACGAUUGUCUGAUGAUUGAGCCGACCGAAUCGGAGGAUAAGGGUGAAAUGGAUCGUCUUGUCGACUCGCUUUUGGCAAUUCGUGAAGAGAUCGGCAUGAUCGAGCGCGGAGAAUUGGACAAGCUGAACAAUCCGUUAAAGAAUGCGCCUCACACAUUGCCGGUGGUGUUGUCGGAUGGAUGGGAUCGACCGUACAAGCGAGAGUUGGCCGCCUUCCCCAAGCCUUGGUGCUAUCACAAGUUGUGGCCCUCGGUGGGACGUGUCGACGAUCAAUACGGUGACCGGAAUCUCGUGUGCACGUGUCCGCCAAUCGAAGCUUAUCAA